GGACUGUGAUGGUGGCCGGGCUGUGGAAUCUUGUGAGGCCAAAUGUUAAUGCCUCAAAAGAUGUCCUUUGGCCCCAACCGGCAGUAUUGUGGUUUUCUGGAUGGCAACAGAGGACCGGGAGAUGAUGGAAGGACGGGGGGCAGGAGAAAGCCCCCCAACCUUCCCCAAGAUGGUGCCUGAUGACCCCAUGUCCGAAGGGGAGUCAAGGGCUUCUUUGGCCCAGGAGGCAGAGUCCCCCAAGCCAGACUCGUCCUACGACUACCUUGAGGAGAUGGAAACUUGUGAGGACAGAAGCUGCCCGGGGCCACCUAAGUCACUGUCCUCCAAGGCCGGUCCCGCCACCACCAAGCGCCAGGCGGGCGAUGGGCCUGAAUGCGCAGAGCCGCCCCUGGCCCCAGCCACCGCGGGCCCAGGGACCCCGGGGCCCCAGCGAAAUGACGAGAUGGAGCUGGAGAAGGUGCGCAUGGAGUUCGAGCUCAAGCGGCUCAAGUACCUGCACGAGGAGACCGAGCGGCUGCGGCAGCACGCGACGCCCCGCCUGUUCUCGGGAGGCCUCCAGGACCUCCUGCUCCACCAGAACCAAUUCGCCAUGUUCCUGUACUGCUUCAUCUUCAUACACAUAAUCUAUGUCACCAAGGAGAUGAUCUUCUUUCUCUUCUCCAAGCACUACCUGUUCUGCAUCGCGGCCAUUUUGCUCUGUUUGAUUAAAACUUUAUGCGUGAUGCUGAAGACAGAGUGUAACAGAUCCUACACGUUACACUCAGCUUCAGCCCAAGCAAUUAAGCACUAA